UUCUUCUUGGCUAAAAAAUCUAGUUUCCACUCAUAUUAGUUAUUUUAUCUAUGGUCGUCACAUGAUUUUACGUGUUCGUGAAACUUACUAUAUAGAUAUAUUAUAUAAUUUGAUCAGUCAUCACAGCUAUCACAGGUUUAAAUUUCGUGAUAUCACAAUCAACAUGUCUGCAAGCACACAAUAUCGUCCUAUGAAGUAUCCGUAUACCCUUUUCGGAAAGAUUGCCCAAUUUCCAUUCAGAUAUUAUGUGCAGCACAGUUGGUUGUUUAAAUAUUCAAUAUUCGCUGUAGGAAUAGCGUUGCCGAUAUUUUACAAAAUACAAAAGUUAUCAUAUUCCCCCGAGAAUGUUCAGAAAUGGGAUAAAAUCCACAGAGAAAUGUUUGAAGGAACUGGUCACCAUUAAAGUGGAAAUACAAAUCAUUAGAAAAUUAUGUUAAAAUAAGAGAUGUAUGAGAGAAAAAAAAAACCUCUAUAAUCUCUAAAUAUAAUUAGAAAAUAUAAAAAUCUUUCACUCUCUCUCUACAUAUGCAGAUAGUUUGCAGGAGAGGUGGAGAAGACCGCUUUAAAAAGUUCAUUUGAGAUUAUGUAUUACCAAAAUAAUCGUAUAAAAUAUACAUGAUUAAAAAGAA